AUGUGAUCUGUGUUUUCUCCGGCUUGGUGCAUCAGCUUGGAGAGAGCAGAGAGGACUCGAGCGAUUUUCUUCUCCGCCUGGGACACGAGGCCAAAUUCCUCGACUUCAAACUCUCGCCAGGCAUCUAGCAGAGAAGGGGGCGACCGCGAGGAAACGAUUUUGCCUUCGCGAGAAACGGCAGAAUGGGGCUCCGAAGCAGGAGCGAAAGCGAAUUCCUGGGAGGUUUUGAAAUCGUAGAUUCGCUCUAUGUGGCGCAGCAGAUCCGGGAGGGAAACGGAAGCCUGAAGAUCGGAAAAGAACGGACCAGUGCGACUCAGGUCAAGGGAGGCAGUCCUCCCAGAGAUCAUGACAAGUGUUGCCGUAGAUCGGGGUGCCCCCCGGCUCUUUGCGCUUCGGCCUUCUCACAGCAGAGACGACUUAGAUCGCGUCGAGCGCCAGGAAGACGCAAAGAUCUUCCUCUCUGCCUUUUCCGUGAACUAGUCGAAGCUCAACGCGCUUCUGGUCUUCAACUCUCGGCGUUGCGCGCCGGGUCGCGACCGACUCUCCUUUUCCGACAACCAGCGACGCCAGGGUGUGUGACAGACCCUGCAAGAGGCCUUGUUGAUGCAUGCAUUCAGAGCUGUGAGUCUCCAGGACUUCUUCGACAUCGGCCAUCAGGUCCCUCGUCCUCUCUACGACCUAGAAGAGAUCCGAACGAGAGCAAAGCGAAAGCAAACAGUGUCACCGAUGAAUCCCACGCUUCCUAACGAACGGGGUUGUUGUCUGUCCUGCGUCCGCGGAGGAGCAGGGAGUCUGAAAAGUCAAGCGUGAAGUUCUCUGAGUGUGGAAGGUUCCCCUAAACAUCAGUGAGACAAAAAAUUGAAGACUUCGGCAGGCACGGAUUCAGUGCCUUUGAAUCGAGAACCACAGGCGCAUCAACAAAAUUCGAAGAGUGAAUCUGAAAUCGAUUUCUGCAACUCGUAAAAAGUGAGACAAGCACCGACACCCGAAGGCGUCACGCGUUCAAGGAAGCGGCGUUUCUUCUCCAGUCUGACGCUGAAGCCGCAAAAGUGGAUGGUAGUCUGCGCCAAUCAUCUUCCAGAGGUUCGUUCGACUCUGAGAAAGUGGAAAGGCCGUUGCAAGUUGCAGGUUCAGUGUCGACGCUCAGAUGGAAGCAGGGAAGGUGUGGCGAGAAAAACAAACGCGAGAGAUCGAAGGAAACUAAAGAGGCAAAAAUGCGUCUGUGUUCUUCUUCAAGCGAUCAGCAACUGCAUCUCUCGAUGUGAAGAUGUCAAGAGCGAGAAGGUGACGAAGAAAAACCGGUGUCACAAGGAAGGAAAGGGGAUCACAAGGAGAGAAAGGGUGUCACAAAGAGGGCACCACAGGCAGCAGAGAAUGUAGAGGAACCAAGGUGGGGAGUUCGCACUUCCUCGUUUGGAGUGAGUCUGUUGAUUUCGUUGACAAGUUUUUCAAUUUGCUGUCUGAGGGCGGCUUGCUCGUGUUCGUGCUUCGUCUUUUCUUCUUGCUUCAGUCGCUUAACCGAAUCGAAUAGACACUGUAGCUCCUGAUUCCUCCGCUGUACGGACAGCAGCUCGGCUUCUCGACUUUGAUGCGAGACAACGAGGUAUUCCAGUUGAUGGAUGUAGCUGACAACAGACAGGAGAGACGAGGAAAAAGAAGUCUUCCAGAGCAGCUUGAAAAAAUUAUGUCUUUCCUUUGGAACAGCUGAAGCGAAAUACACACAGCGAUUAUAGCACCUAGGACUUCUCUCACUCCAACAACUCCAAGAGAAUGCUGCAUAUUUCGGAAAGCCUGGCUAACACACUACUACGCGGGUGUACGCAACACAGUCUAGUGUUUCAUCCGAAACUUAGCUGAGAGAAUAGGUACAUAU